AUGGGCCGGUUUGUUUAUUUGAAGCAGCAAAUGCUUGGGUUGAGAAAAAGUCCGUCGGGUUUCAAAAAGGAGAUCCACGCCGAAGCCGCCUCCCAACUCCCGGCUCCAGCUCCAAACCCGCGGACGAAACCGCACACACGUCGGAAAGCUCGUCAACUCGUGGCCGAUCCUCGGGCGAUUCGAGCAGCAGCCGCUCGUCACAAGCGGAUAAACAAGGAUAUGAGUGCUCUACUUGUCGGCAUACAAGCAGCCCUCGGUCCCGAUCACGACGAAAGACGCCGUUUUAGCUAUGGCCAAGGACAAUUUAUCAAAAUUCUUGAUCCACAGUGGUUCCGAAAUGCACGUGAAAAAAACGAGAUCGACGAGGAGGGCUUUAAACAAAGCCUAACCGGUCAGCCAUGGCACAAUCAUCUGAUCCGUGGCAAUAGUUCUUCCGUGAUUUAUUUCUCCAAUGAUGAAAAAUACAUCAUAAAAACGGCCGAAAAAAUCGAGAUCGGCUUGCUGCGUGCCAUUUUUUCGGAAUUCAAGGAGCAUAUGCAGAAGGCGGACUAUCAUUCGUUCCUGCCGAACUAUCUGGCAGUAUUUACCUCGGUAUCGUUUCAGGAGCCAGAAAAUGGGCAUCCG